AAGAGAACAGAAAAAGGGAAAGAGUGGCGAAUUCGGCGACGCCGCGACGGGUUCCGUCGUUCCUCCCUCGUUCAAGGCGACGAGCGGGAGCCGGGUGGCCUAGUAACGGCGCGGCGAGGGCCAUGGUCUGUCCGUGCUUCUCAGUUGCGUGCGAUAAUUUGCUCCUCUGGAGUCCCUAGGUGAAAUUAUUGGUAGGUACCUGACAUUUGCGAAAUAUCUGGUGAUUUUGCGGCGGCCAGGUAGACACUGGCACGGUGUUGUGGGCACUUCCCUCUUUGCCCGGUGCAAAGGGUGCUCCCGUUCGAUUUGGUAGCGCGGGUUCGUGCUGCCACGCAAAGCAUGCCGAAGGGAGGAAUUGGUUUUGUGUGCUGCAUAGUGUUGUAGGUAACCAGACAAAAUACAUGGUUCACCUGUGAUUUGGUUCUUUAAAUGCCUUUGUGCAGCAAAACUAAUCCAAUCUGCAACGCCUUGCCAUUUACUAACAUGGGUUUGAUGGACUGCACCAGUUACAUGGCUUGUAUAGGAGGCUUUCUCAUAUUUCCCCCAACAGCACCGGGAUUAAUUUCACCAGGACAAGUAAUCAAAGAAAGGCACAUGGAAUUCAGGAAGCACCCAUUGCGUGCAUUUGGUGGUUCGGAGACGAGCAAGACAAUUCUUGAUGUGUCAGGAGUUUUGGAAAGGCUUCAUACAAUCAUCCAGUGACACUACCAUUAUGGCUUUUUUCAAGCCAUCUCUGGUGUUCUGUUCGGUUCUUACUUUCCUUAGCCUGAAUUGCGGUCCAUCUCAUGUAUUUGCCAAGGUUUAUAUGGUGGUGAUGGAGGAUGAUCCAGUAAUUUCUUACAAAGUGAACCGCAAGCAUGUAAUGAGAGGCGAGGAAGCUCAGAAGUACAAACAAGUGGCCACAACUAAGCAUGACAGCUUCCUGGACUCAUUUCUCCCAAUGGGAUCUUACAAGAAACUGUACAGUUACACGCACCUGAUUAAUGGAUUUGCUCUCCAUGCUGAAUCUGAGAAGACGGUUAGAAUUCUUAGCCGUGCAAAAGGAGUUAGACUUAUCCAAGAAGACAUCAAAAUGGUCAAGAUGACAACGCACACUCCAAAUUACAUUGGAGCUAGUGGAGUCUGGCCACUCCUGGGUGGUGCUGAAAAUUCUGGUGAUGGUGUGGUGAUUGGCAUGAUUGAUACCGGCAUCGACCCCAAGAACCCAAGCUUUGUUAGCAGCAACUUGUCAAGCCAAGCAAAAUCACCACCAGCUAGUUUCAAAGGAACAUGUCGUGCUGGGAAUAGAUUUCCUCCAGAUUCAUGCAACGGUAAGAUAGUGGGAGCUAGGUGGUUUGCACGUGCUGCUCAAGCGACUGGAGAGUUCAAUGCUACAGUUCACUAUGCAUCUCCUUACGAUUCAGAUGGUCAUGGCAGCCACACCGCAUCGAUUGCAGCUGGGAAUUUCCAUACGCCAGUAAUAUCCGGAGGCUACAGCUUUGGGUAUGCAAGUGGCAUGGCCCCCGGAGCUCGACUUGCAAUCUACAAAGCUGCUUAUCCUUUUGGUGGAUAUAUGUCAGAUGUGAUAGCUGCAGUCGACCAGGCUGUAGAGGAUGGUGUGGAUGUUAUAAGUCUUUCCAUGGCUCCUUCUGCAGUUUCAUCUGGGCCAGCAUCUUUCCUCAAUUUGCUUGAGGCACAACUGCUCCUUGCCACCAAAGCUGGAGUCUCAGUUGUUCAAGCAGUUGGCAAUGCAGGCCCAGAUGAGAACACAAUCGUCUCUUUCAGCCCAUGGAUAUUAAGUGUUGCUGCUUCGACAACAGACCGGAAGUAUAGAAAAUCAAUCAUAAUUGGCAAUGGGAAAGCCUUCUCCUGUGGCGCUCUUUCUGCACCAACACCAGGUGAAACAAUGUACCCACUAGCAUGGGCUGAUGAUGUGAUCGUUGAGAAUUCAACUGACGAUGGGUGGUAUAACAAAUGCCGAGAUCCAAGGAUCUUCAUCAAACCUCUUGUCCAGGGAAAGUUGAUUGUUUGCAUGUUUGACUCAUCAGACUACUAUGAUGACAUCAGCCUUUCUAGCAUCAUUGAUACGAUUCAGAAAAUUGGAGCUGCUGGAGUCAUCAUCACUGAUCAUUCUUCGCACGACGUUGACAUUGAAUUUGAGCCUACAUUUCCCACAACAGUGCCUUCAGCUAUACUCCUGAAGGGUUCCGACAUGCGGGCUCUACUGCGGUACUAUAACAACAACACGGUUCGAGAUGAUGACGGAAACGUUGUGAGCUUCGGAGCCACUGCCCGGAUUCUGGAGGGACGGCAUGCAACCUACACGGGAGAAUCACCCGUCGUCGCCGAUUACUCGUCGAGAGGACCGGACGUGGAGAACUCACAGAUGCAGCCGGCAGAGGUGCUGAAACCGAACGUCAUGGCGCCAGGGCAUCUCAUAUGGGGAGCCUGGAGCCCGACGAGCACCGCCCUGCCAGAGAUCCACGGCGAGAGCUACGCGCUGCUGUCGGGCACGAGCAUGGCCGCGCCGCACGUCGCCGGGGUGGCUGCCCUGAUCAAGCAGAGGCACCCGGCGUGGAGCCCCGCCAUGAUCAUGUCGGCGAUCAUGACGACCGCGGACGCGACCGACCGGUCGGGGCGGCCCCUGAUGGCGAGGGGCGAGGAGGGCUCCCUGGACCCGGCGACGCCGUUCGACAUGGGGGCCGGCGCCGUGAACGCGGCGCGCGCCCUGGACCCCGGGCUGGUGUUCGACGCCGGGUACCUGGACCACCUCCAGUUCCUGUGCGCGGUGCCCGGCGUGGACGACGCCGCGGUGCUCCGCGCGGUUGGCGCGCCGUGCCCGCCGCCGCGCGCGGGCGGUGCGGCGCGGUGGUGCUCGGACCUGAACUCGCCGAGCGUGACGGUGGCGAGCCUGGUGGGGUCCCGGCGCGUGGAGCGGCGGGUGACCAGCGUGGGCGCGCAGAACGAGACGUACGCGGCGUACGUGCGCGCGCCUGAGGGCGUGGCGGUGCGCGUGUCGCCGGCGCAGUUCGCCAUCGCGCCCGGCGCGACGCGGGCGCUGCGGAUCGUGCUCAACACCACCGCGCCAGGGAACGCAUUCAGCUUCGGGGAGGUGGUGCUCAGGGGCGACAGGAAGCACCACGUCCGGAUCCCCCUCGCCGUCUACCCCGCCGGGACGCUGGGCCCGUGAACUCGGGCACGAGACCGUGUGCCACCCGUAGCUCAUAAUACGCGUGUACGCGCAAACAGAGCUUGUGUGUUCUUCCGAUGUACACGUACAUGUACGGGGCUCGUUCCCGUUCCAUAAUGUAGAGCCAUGUUGGGAACGCGGGAAGUCCUGUGGAAUUCGAAUGUUCGGAACAUGCAAACCUUGAGACAGACAAGGGGCUCUUGGCUCUUGAGAUCGUGA